AUGAUCUUCCCUCUCCUUCCACCCUCCCUCUCCUACCACCCUCCCUCUCCUACCACCCUCCUUCUCCUACCACCUUCCUUCUCCUACCACCCUCCCUCACCUACCACCCUCCUUCUCCUACCACUCUCCUUCUUCUACCAACUUUCUUCUCCUACCACCCUCCUCUCCUACCACUCUCCUCCUACCAUCUUCCUUCUCCUACCACCCUCCUUCUACCAUCUUCCUUCAACCACCACCAUCCCUCUCCUACCACCUUCCUUCUCCUACUACCCUCCUUCUACCAUCUUUCUUCUCCUACCACCCUCCCUCUCCUACCACCCUCCUUCUCCUACCACCCUCCCUCUCCUACCACCCUCUUUCUCCUACCAUCUUCCUUCUCCUACCACCCCUCUCCUACCACUCUCCUUCUCCUACCAUCUCUCUUCUCCUACCACCCUCCCUCUCCUACGACCUUCUUCUCCUACCAUCUUCCUUCUCCUACCACUAUCCUCCUACCACCUACCAUCUUCCUUCUCCUACCACCCUCCUUCUCCUACCACCCCUACCACUCUCCUCCUACCAUCUCUCUUCUCCUACCACCCUCCCUCUCCUACAACCCUCCUUCUCCUACCACCCUCCUUCUCCUACCAUCUUCCUUCUACCACCACCAUCCCUCUCCUACCACCUUCCUUCUCCUACUACCCUCCUUCUCCUACCAUCUUUCUUCUCCUACCACCCUCCCUCUCCUACCCCCCUCCCUCCCCUACCACCCUCCUUCUCCUACCACCCUCCUCCUACCACCCUCCCUCCUUCUCCUACCACCCUCCCUCUCCUACCAUCUUCCUUCUCCUACCACCCUCCCUCUCCUACCACCCUCCUUCUCCUACCACCCUCCCUCAUCUACCACCCUCCCUCUCCUACCAUCUUCCUUCUACCACCCGCCCUCUCCUACCAUCUUCCUUCUCCUACCACCCUCCCUCUCCUACCAUCCUCUAUACCUAUGACCCACUCCUCUCUUAA